AUGACGAUACAUAUCCUACGAAACGCCUUCAAAAGGCCAAUCAAUAUUAAUUUCUCUCACUUACAACGACGAUUCCAAUCCUCUAAAAAAGUUGAAGAGGCGAUCCCUGUUCCUAGCACCGUUGCGCCGUUACCACUGUGGCAACGUUUAGGACCGCUCACCACCGCUGCGCAAGCUUAUGCGCGAGCUCAGUCCAAGAAUCCUUUACGGACACAAGUUGCUACUGCGGUUGUUAUUUAUAUCGCUGCGGAUUUAAGCGCGCAGUAUGUUAGUGACAAUGAAUAUGAUCCUAAGAGAACAGGGAGGAAUGCUGUUAUUGGAGGCGUUGCUGCGAUACCCAACUUUAAAUGGUUUAUUUUCCUUUCUCAUAACUUUAAUUACUCUUCCCGUCUUCUUUCCAUCGCUACGAAAGUUGCCGUUGGUCAGAUCGCUUUUACACCAAUCUUCAACACAUAUUUCUUCGGCGCGCAGGCUUUAUUGUCUGGCGAAAACAUCUGGGGCACUAUCGAGCGUGUCAAAGAUACUGUACCAACAAGUAUCGUUAACUCGUGCAAGUUGUGGCCCAUGGUUACAGCAUUCAGCUUUACUUUCUUGAGUAUCGAUUGGCGGCCUUUGUUCCAUGGUGUUGUGGCGGUUGGAUGGCAGACGUAUCUGAGCUUCUUGAAUAGGCAGGCUGAGAUGAAGGAGAAGUUGAGGCAUGAAGGAAAGACGGAGGACGUCAAGGCUGUGGGACUUACAAUGGCACAGGCGGCUUGA